CGUCUCUGUUCCAACUCGAUUCCAACUUUCAAGUUUUCAUUUCAAACUUUUCGAAUCGAAUUCAGUCGUGGAAUAGUUGAGUAUUUUCCUUCGUACUUUGAGUAAUUUUAAUUCGAUUACAACGUUUAUUGAGCUAAUAAUUACGUUCAACGGUUCAGCUGUCUUGUUGAUAAAGUGAGUACUUUUUUCGAAAGCUUUCAGGUAUUUCUAAUUAAUAUAAAAUGGAUCAGGUAUCUAAAGUAAUCGAGCCAGCGAGGCAGUUUUCGAAAGAUUCUAUAAGACUUGUGAAACGUUGCACGAAACCGGAUCGAAAAGAAUUUCAAAAAAUUGCUGUCGCCACAGCGAUUGGAUUUUGCAUUAUGGGCUUUAUUGGAUUCUUCGUCAAGUUGAUUCAUAUUCCAAUUAAUAAUAUCAUUGUAGGAUCGUAAGAAUUUGGUUGAUUUCUGCUGGAGUUUAUUACGUUAUUCCGAUAAAUUAUUUUUCUCGUCUUUUUGAAAGUUUAUUACAUUAUGUGAAUAAGUUAUUUUUUUAUGUUGUGCUUAUAUAAUUAUUUGUAAUCUUUUCUUUAGUAUUUGUUUAAUAAAAUUUGAACACAAAA